GCGAUUGCAGGAGCAAAGUUUUGCCGAAGUGGCGUUAGAAGCAGAAGUAAGUGCAUGUUGGUCAGCAUAUUAAAGCUAGUUUGGUGUGUGCGUGAAACUUGUGUUGAAUUUUGAAUGUUUUAUCUGCAAUGUCAAUUUGGAACUUGAUUGGAUAAGCCGGAUACGAGCAUUGUGAAAAAAAUGAGUUGGGGAAUCGAACUUUGGGACCAAUACGACAACGUUGCUGCCCACACCCAAAAGGGCAUCGACUUUUUGGAGCGAUAUGGGAACUUUAUCCGGGACCGAUGUGCAAUCGAAUCGGAGUACGCCGGAAAACUGAGGCGGCUGGUGAAGUCGUAUAUGCCGAAGAAAAAGGAAGAAGAAGACUAUCAAUUUUCGUGCCAGAAAGCGUUUCGUGAUGUUCUGACCGAGGUGAAUGAUCAAGCCGGACAACAUGAAGUCGUCGCAGAGAACCUGACCUCGGCCGUCACCAAGGAGAUCGUAGCGCUCGUUAAAGACUUGAAAGAGGAGCGCAAAAAGGCUCUACAGGAAGGCGCUAAAUUACAGUCGUCGUUGAACCAGCAACUGUCGGCGCUGGAUCGAGCUCAAAAGAAUUAUGAAAAGGCUUUCCGAGAAGCAGAGCGGGCCGAAGAUGCGUACCGUAAAGCUGAUGCCGAUCUGAACCUCUCGCGAGCCGACGUCGAGAAGCAGCGUAUUAACUCGUCCAUCAAAAGCCAUCAGUGCGAUGACAACAAAAAUGAGUACGCCAAGCAACUCCAGAAAGCCAACGAGAUUCAGACGUGUCAUUACCAGACGUCCCUUCCAGGUGUCUUUCACGCUCUACAAGAAUUGGACGACAAAAGAAUCAAACAAAUUGAAAAUUUCAUACGAAAGGGUGUGGACAUAGAACGCAGCGUCUUUCCUAUUAUAAACAAAUGUUUGGACGGAAUUAUUCGAGCAGCCGACAGUGUCGACCCAGAAAAGGACUCGCGGUUGGUUAUUGAACGGUACAAGUCUGGUUUUUCGCCACCGGAAGAUGUGCCGUUUGAAGACCUAAGUAAUAUGCGGAGUGGCAGCGUUGGCUCCGACUCGUCCAGCAAUGGUGGCGGUAGCGGCGCCAUCCCGUCCACCAUCAGCCUGACCUCGAGUGGUAUCCUCAAGUCCGAAUCGAAAGUUGGCACGUUGACAGCCAUGAAACUCAAAAAGCGAGCUGGCAUCUUUAGCAUCUUCAACGCUGGAAAGUCGUCUCUGAUUGCUCUCGUCGAACCAAAGGAGGACUUUAGCGAUUUAGCGCCAAACCAACGACGAAAGAAGCUGCAGCAGCGGCUGGAUGAGAUAAACACACGGCUGUUGCAGGAGACGGCGACGCGAGACGGACUCAUGAAAAUGAAGGGCGUCUACGAGCAAAAUCGUGCCUUAGGCGACCCGCUUUCCAUCGAGGGCCAGCUGACAGAAAGUGGACAAAGGUUGGAUAAACUACGGUUAGAGCUUCACAAGUUCCAAGGCUAUCUGGAUGAAGCCGAAGGUCGAGUGUCGUCGCAAACGCUAAACGCGCCUGGUGUCCGAACGUCUUCGGCUAUGGGCAUGAACGGCAGUAGUGGAGGACUAGGGCUGAGGAAACUGGUUGGAUCUAAAGGAUCGAACAACGCCCUGACUCGGCACGGCGGCUCCGACGAAUCGCUUAGCCGGAGCGCGUCCGAUUCGAGCGUUUCCAAUCCUAACAAUAAACCCUCUCUACCUGGAACGCCCCAACCUACUCACGGGUCUUCUCAUAGUCCUGAAAGCGGAGUGGGCUCGCACGCGUCGCACACAAGUUUCCCCGAUUCGGAGGUAGAGCGGCUUUACGCAAACGCUGAGGCGGAGAUUGACGCCGAAGAGGACGACACGUUGAACGAGAACGAGAACGAGGUGUAUGAAAGCGAAUUACUGCCAGUUUUGGGUACCUGCCGAGCACUUUAUGCGUUUGAAGCCCAAAGCGAAGGUUCUAUCCCUUUACACGAAGGCGAAGAACUGUUUGUCAUUGAAGUCGACCAGGGAGACGGUUGGACACGAGUGCGACGGAAUUCCAGCUUCGAGGAAGGCUUCGUUCCCACUUCCUACAUCCAGUGUACACUGUAUAAUACUUGCUAGUUCACCCACAACACUUGCCCCAUCAGCGUCUCCUACUAUUUAUUGGCUAUUAAAAAAGCAAAAGAGAGAAAAAAAACAAAAAAAAGGGUCCUGUUGUAUCGAAUCGAUUGGAAGGCAAUCUGUGAAGUCUGAUCAUUCCGUCAGUGCGUGGCGGUCAUUGGUUACAAAUCACCAAUGGUUUUUAAAAUCGGAAUUACAAAAUUUUUCAUGGCCUUCUUACUUUACUGAAAUUCCACAAAUAAUGUGUAACCUUCUCGCUUUUCAUUGGGGUUAUUUAAUAUCUGUAAUAUUUUUUUUUUUUUUUACCACGAAAUUCAUAGUUUGGGGAUUUUUCUUUUUCUCAUUUUCAUUUUCAUUCAGUAAAGACAAGUUAUAGUCGUUUUUGGCGUGCAAUCGCUUCUUUUUCCUUUUUAUUUUUGUAUCGCUGUGUUUUGUCCGUUCGCUCUCGUCGCCCAAAAUUCGGUCAUUGCUUAAUGCGAACAAUUGACUUUGACCCGUUACAUUAUAAUUCUGAUUUUUUUUUUCUUACCAUGAAAACAAUUCUUUUCUAAGGGUUUGUGCGCUGCCUUUUCGUGUGUUGACAUUUUGCUGCCUUUCAAUUUACACCUUUUUUUCCCCCCUGUUUUAUAGUCCCAAAUAUUCUUUCGAGUUUAGAAAAACGAGUGACGUCGCGAUUCGUGUACAGUGUACUGUUUGUGGGCCGCUGAGACUUGGGUGUAACAGGCCGUUGAGUAAACAAAAUAUGUCCGUUACAGGACAGCCUCAUUUGUCGACGAAGAGGGUUUUUUUUAUUCGAUGGAAAAAUAACAAUUCCUUUUGGCGACAAGAGAAAUGGUGAAGAAAUUCCACGCUGAAUGCCAAUGUCAGUGUAUUAUGCGUUCAGUGAAAAUUGACAGUGAUUCGUGCACUGCUUUGUGUUUGUGUAAGUACUCUUCAGUUUUUAAUGCCUCGUUUUUGGGGGGGUUUUGUUUGUUUUUUUGUUUUUUUUUUUAUCUCCUGUUCUUCUUUUUCUAUUUUCUUGUAUUUUUUUUUUUUCCUGAUUGGCAUCCACGGAAGGUCUACGUUUUGUCUUGUAAUUCGUAUAUGCUCAAUGCGACGCAGUAAGUCUCAGUCGGGAAUAAACGUGUCGGCUUCCCUCUAA